AUGUUAAAUUAAUUUACUACACCUUCUAAAAUACCUUAACCUUCCCCUCUUCCUUAUAAUUAAGAAUAAUACUUAAAUGUUCUUCUUCAUGAAAGACUAAUUUAAUAAUAAUAAAACUAUGGUACUCCUCAAAUUAUUACACCUCCAUCUUAAUAAACCACUUCCACUUAAAUCAAUUCUCCCAAUUCCAAUCAACUAAAACAUUAAAAGUAUAGUGUUAUCUAACAAAUUAAUUCUCAUGAUAUGCAAAAUCAGUAUUCAUAAAUCAUGCAAUAUUACAAAGAAUUAGAUAUCAAUAUGCAAUAAUAAAAAUAAGAGAACUAUCUUAAAUAUAAUCAAAUAAUCUAAAAAAUUGAUAACAUCUAAUAAAUUAUGGUUCAGAAUAUCAAUUAAUUAAAUCUUAAUCAAUAUAAUGAAUAUUAAUAAUUGAUACAGCAAUUGUAAUAAUAAAGAUUAGAUAAUUAAAAACGAUACGAAGAAUUAUUCUAAAAUCUUGAAUCUCAUUAAGUUUAAAAUAAUUAUGACAAUUAAUUUUAAUCAAGAGAAUUACUAUAACAUCAAAUUAUCAAACAAUAAAAUUAACCAAUUACUAAUAAUAUAAAUUAAGUUACAUCAUAAUAACAUACUUAUUAAACCUAUGCAUCCAAACCCAUAAGUUUUGAACAAAAACUUUUUCCUUAAAAACAAUAACAUCAUUCAUAAGAUUAAAUCAAUUAUACUUAAAUUCAUAGUAGAUCUAAUAAGUAAUCCUCUCCAUAAAUUUAAAUAUCUAUAAAUAAUUUAUCUCAAGAUAAUAAUACUUUUGCUAUUAAUUAGCUCACUCCAUUUUUUUAAUAUUCUCCAUUAAAACAAAACCAUUCUCAAAAUGAAAAAUAAUUAAAUCAUUCUCCUUCUAAUAAAUAAUUAAUUCAUAAUUAAGUUUAAAAUAACAUUAUUAAAGAGAUUAAAUCAACUAGAGAAUAAAUAUCUCCUUCUGUUUAUGGAAAUAGUCCUAAAAAUAUUAUUAGAGAUAAUUCUAAUUAACAUUAAAAGAAAUAAAUAUUUGAAAAACCUGUUUUCAAAUAAAUUAAUAAAAAACCAUUUUUUCUUCAAAAUCCUCAAAUUAAAAAUUUUGAUCAUCAAAUACCGUAAUAAUAAAAUUACAUCUAGUAAUAGUAAUAAUAAUACUAUCAAGUCUAAUAAUCAUCUGAUGAAAGCAUAAUAAUUGAUGAAUAAAAAAAUUCUUUAUUACAAUAAUUAAAAACAGAAUAUGAAACUAAUAGUUCAACAUCGAAUACUUCUUAUUAAUUAAUAGCUCAAUAAUUACAAUUAAUUUAUUGUGUGUAUUGUGAUCAGUAUAUCUCACACUUGUUAUCUGAUUAACAUCUAUAAGUUUGCAAUUCUUAAAGACCUCAAAGAAGAUAAAACGAAAGUUAUCUAGAUAAAUAUAUAAUUUAUAGAGGAAAUGAUCUCUUAAUCGAAACCUUAGAAGCUAAAAACAAAAGUAUUUGUUAAGAAAUUUUGAACAUCAAAUUAAUGAUGUAAUUAGCUCAAUUGUAAAAGUUUGCGAUAUAAGAGUAAAUUUAAUUAAAGGAAUUUUGCUAAAUAGCAAUUUUAAUAUUAGAUAGAUUGUUGUAAAAUCCUAAUUCCUCUUAAGUAAUUUAAUAUUAUCAAUAAAUUUAAUAAAUAUUUAAAGUAAUUUAUGUGGCACCUUAAAUAUUUUUUAAGCAAUAGGCUAAAUUAUUGCAAAAAUGCCUUGAUCGAAUAAAAGAAUUAUAUUAGUUAUUUAAAAAAUGA